GGCCACGGGAGAAGUAGGUAGGGACCGCCGCGCGGAGCCAUUGAGACUUCCUCCCUCCUGUGCCCGAGAACCGCAGCCCCCCGCGCGUGUGGCAGACCCUGGGGACGCCAGGUCACCGUGCGGCCCCGGCCCUCCCGCCGCGCUUCAGGCAUAAUGGUUAUGAAAGCUUCUGUAGAAGAUGAUGAUUCAGGAUGGGAGCUCAGUGUACCAGAAAAGAUGGAAAAAAGCAAUACAAACUGGGUGGACAUAACCCAGGAUUUUGAAGAAGCUUGUCGAGAAUUAAAGUUGGGAGAACUGCUUCAUGAUAAGCUGUUUGGUCUUUUUGAAGCUAUGUCUGCCAUUGAAAUGAUGGAUCCCAAGAUGGAUGCGGGCAUGAUUGGAAACCAAGUUAAUCGAAAAGUUCUCAAUUUUGAACAAGCUAUCAAGGAUGGCACCAUUAAAAUUAAAGACCUCACCUUGCCUGAAUUGAUAGGGGUAAUGGAUACAUGUUUUUGCUGUUUGAUAACAUGGUUAGAAGGCCAUUCCUUGGCACAGACAGUAUUUACGUGCCUUUACAUUCAUAAUCCAGACUUUAUAGAAGAUCCUGCCAUGAAAGCUUUUGCUCUGGGUAUCUUGAAAAUCUGUGACAUUGCAAGGGAAAAAGUAAAUAAAGCUGCUGUUUUUGAAGAGAAAGAUUUUCAGUCAAUGACUUAUGGAUUUAAAAUGGCUAACAGUGUGACAGAUCUUCGAGUUACAGGCAUGCUAAAAGAUGUGGAGGAAGACAUGCAAAGAAGAGUAAAGAGUACUCGAAGUCGACAAGGAGAAGAAAGAGAUCCAGAAGUUGAACUAGAACACCAACAGUGUUUAGCAGUAUUCAGCAGGGUGAAAUUUACUCGAGUGUUACUGACAGUGCUUAUAGCCUUUACUAAGAAAGAGACCAGUGCUGUUGCAGAAGCUCAAAAAUUGAUGGUUCAAGCAGCAGAUCUUCUUUCUGCCAUUCAUAAUUCAUUGCAUCAUGGCAUCCAGGCCCAGAAUGAUACUACAAAAGGGGAUUUUUUCUGUGAAUUUAGUGAACAAUCACCUUGUGUUCUUUCAAGAUCUCUAUUACAAACCACUUUCCUGGUGGAUAACAAAAAGGUCUUUGGAACCCAUCUCAUGCAAGACAUGGUGAAAGAUGCACUUCGGUCUUUUGUCAGUCCUCCGGUGCUCUCCCCAAAGUGCUGCCUAUAUAAUAAUCACCAGGCUAAGGACUGUAUUGAUUCCUUUGUUACUCACUGUGUUCGGCCAUUCUGUAGUCUCAUUCAGAUCCAUGGACAUAACAGGGCUCGACAGAGAGAUAAACUCGGUCAUAUUCUUGAGGAAUUUGUUACCUUGCAGGAUGAGGCAGAGAAGGUUGAUGCAGCCCUUCACACUAUGCUGUUGAAACAAGAGCCCCAAAGGCAACAUUUGGCCUGUUUAGGUACCUGGGUACUUUACCAUAACCUUCGAAUUAUGAUACAGUAUCUUCUAAGUGGUUUUGAAUUGGAACUCUACAGCAUGCACGAGUACUAUUACAUAUAUUGGUAUCUCUCUGAAUUCCUUUAUGCGUGGUUGAUGUCGACAUUAAGUCGUGCCGAUGGCUCUCAGAUGGCAGAGGAAAGGAUAAUGGAAGAGCAGCAGAAAGGCCGUAGUAGUAAAAAAACAAAAAAAAAGAAGAAGAAAGUUCGCCCAUUGAGCCGAGAAAUCACAAUGAGCCAGGCAUAUCAGAACAUGUGCGCUGGAAUGUUUAAAACCAUGGUAGCAUUUGACAUGGAUGGCAAGGUACAAAAACCCAAGUUUGAGCUUGAUAGUGAACAAGUUGGAUAUGAACACAGAUUUGCUCCGUUCAACAGUGUCAUGACGCCACCACCAGUGCACUAUCUGCAGUUCAAGGAAAUGUCUGACCUCAAUAAAUAUAGCCCUCCUCCUCAGUCUCCAAAACUGUAUGUGGCAGCUAGUAAGCACUUUCAGCAGGCAAAAAUGAUAUUGGAAAAUAUCCCAAACCCAGACCAUGAGGUCAAUAGAAUUUUAAAGGUUGCCAAACCCAACUUUGUGGUUAUGAAGUUAUUGGCAGGAGGACACAAAAAGGACUCUAAGUUUCCGCCUGAAUUUGAUUUCUCUGCUCACAAAUAUUUUCCUGUUGUGAAACUUGUUUGAGAGAGAGACUGAAAAGGUGACCAAAGGGGUGGCGUCUGCUUUCAGAUUCUACUCUUAGAGGAUCUAUCCAUCAGUCUUACCACAUAACGUGAAGUGAAAUGGAUUUCUUGGGUAACAACCCAUUAUAAGGAAUACUUUUAAUUUGACAGCCUUAUAUGACGUGAAUGAAAACUGCUGUUUUAAAGUGGUUUAUUAUGUUCUAUGGAUGAAACUGGUCAUAUUGAAUGCAUUG